AUGCCUUCACAGACACUCGCUUUGCUGGCUGGUGCCAUGACGCUGGCCACCGUCGGUGCUCAGCUUCCAACAUCGCCCAUCUUGCCCAUUCCAUUUCGCCAACCACCAUAUCACAACUACAGUCCCACCACUGUUCCAACCGAAUAUGUCUGUGGAAACCAAUUCAUGACGAAUAUCGCAACCCCAACUCCACAGCCAAACCGACCGGAAGGGGAGCCAAAGAAGUCCAAGAAGCCCGAGACAGAGGAGGAUGACAACUACGAACUCAAAGCUGUCAACACACACCGAACACGCCCCUUCGCCGCUCCCACGGGAAGGUUCAAGUCACUACAGUACCCCUACACUUCGGUAGGGCGUCACAUGCAUGUUCUCGAACGAACGCCCGCCGACUGCACAUCCCAGACCUCUGAACUCACUGUUCUGGCUGCCCAACAGCCCAUCUUCCCACCCGAGUUGCAAGAUCUCGCCAAGAAGCACAAGGUUUGGUUCAGUGCCUGCGGUCCGACUUUUGAGAACGCUGUUGAUUCAUCGUUUGAUCCCCAAGCUUUUACCCCUGCUUUCGAGGCCUGGUCGGAUGCCCUCGCCACCAAUCUGAGGAGAUUGAUGAACGCCUGCCACAGCUCACAAGAGACGGUUGACACCAUCAAUCGGGACCGGUGCCUUCGCGACCUGCUUGCUCAGCAGGCGCCCGUCAUUCCCCUUGGCCCCAUUGCGGAAGAUCAGGCUACAUUCACGACCAUGUUCACCCUUGACAUUCCUGUCCCAAGUUCUUGCCCGGAUCCCGUCACGAUCACCAAGAUGUCGACGAUGUCGGUCACGGCUACUGUCACUGUGGAAGAGAACAAGACCGUGGUGAUAGAUAAGACGGGCGAAGGUGUUCAGGGGGUUGCCGUGUCGCUGGGUGCAUUGCUCACUGGCGUGUUGGCUGGGGCAUUCAUCUUUGCUCUCUGA